UCGCACAUCUAAACUGAUGCUACUACACAUAAGCGAGUCCCCAAAACUUGAAAACUAUCACCUUUGUAUUCAUUCGCUCCGAGCCGCUGCGGUGUUCAAAAUCGUCGUUCCCUCUCCCUCCUCCUCUCCAUGAAACUGACGUGCCUUAGCCAUGGCCGCGGCGGCGUCCACCGCCCCCCAUGCCACGUCCUGGAGCUCAGUGGCCUCCGCAUCCUCCUCGAGUGCCCCCUCGACCUCUCCGCCAUCGCCAUAUUCGCCCCAGUACCCUCCUCCUCGCCCUCCUCCUCCGGCGACCUCGUCGCAGCUCCGCCGUGGUACAAGGCCGUCGCCGCCCACCACCUGUUCGACCCCUGUCUCCUCGACGCCGUCGUCGUCUCCUCCCCCGCCGCCAUGCUCGGCCUCCCCUUCCUCGCCCGAAACCCUAAUUUCUCCGCGAAGAUAUAUGCUACGGAGGUGACUGCAAGGAUUGGAGGGCUGAUGAUGGAGGAGCUGGUUGCAAUGCACUCUGAGUUUGUGAGGUAUUAUGGGUUGGAGAAGAGGCAGGGGAGGCCGGAUUGGAUGAAGUGGGAGGAGCUUGAAAGGCUUCCAAUCGAAUUGAGGAACGUUGUUAUGGGGGAAGAGGGGGAGGAGUUGGGUUGCUGGAUGCCUCAGUACAGUGCAGCGGAAGUAAAGGAAUGUAUGCAGAAAGUAGUGCCUCUGAAGUAUGCGGAAGAAGUUUGCUUUAAUGGCGCCAUAAUACUGAAGGCUUUCAGUUCAGGCUUGGAGAUUGGAAGUUCAAAUUGGAUGAUAAGCAGUCCGCGAAGAAGCAUAACAUAUUUGUCCAGCUCCAUAUUUGAGUCUGGUCAUGCCAUGGGUUUUGACUACCACUCUCUACAGGGGAACGAUUUGAUUCUAUUUUCUGAUCUCUCAUCUAUGAAUAGCACCGAUUAUGACACUAAACCAGACGAGUGCAAUUCUCCCCCUUUGAGGACGGAUAAUGAUAACGAGGAUCAUAUUAUUAAAAGCUUAAGUGGCAAUGAUGAAAAUCUAGAGGAGAUUGAGAAGAUCAGUUUCAUAUGCUCAUGCAUUGUGGAUUCCUUGAAAGCUGGAGGUAGUGUCCUGAUCCCAAUAGGUCGACUUGGUAUACUUCUUCAACUUUUGGAGUAUAUCUCUCGUGCUCUAGACAAUUCUAAUCUGAAGGUGCCCAUAUUUAUGGUUUCUGCGACAGCAGAGGAGACAUUAUCAUUUACUAAUGCUAUCCCAGAAUGGCUUUGUAAAGAACGUCAAGAAAAGCUUUUCUUAGGCGAAGCAUUGUUUGGACAUGCGGAGCUCAUCAAAGAGGGAAAGCUUUGUGUGUUUCCACUGCUGUAUGAAAGAGAGUUAUUGAUGGCGUGGCAAGAACCGUGCAUCGUAUUCUCUCCUCAUUGGAGUCUAAGGUUUGGUUCGGUUGUUCAGUUGCUUAAUCGUUGGCAUUCCGACCACAAUUCACUACUUAUUCUAGAGCAAGAAGUUGAUGCUGAAAUGGCUCUUUUGCCCUUCAAGACAUUGGCAAUGAAGGUUCUCCAAUGUUCUUUUCUUUCUGGGUUGAAGAUGCAGAAAGUUCAACCAUUGCUGGAACUGCUACGGCCAAAGCUCGUUCUGUUCCCCGAAGUUCUGAGACCUCACUGCCCUAUAAAAGAAGGCGGCUCAUUCGCGUUCUUAUACUAUUCCGAGAACGUGCGGUUACGAGUACCAAACUCGAGAAAAGGCUUUGAAGUUCAACUGGCAACCGAGCUAGCAUUUCAGCUUGAACCCAGAAGAUUACUGGAAGGUAGUAUGGCCAUCGCCAGAUUGCAAGGGAGGCUUCUCCUGAGCAAAGGGAAGUAUCUCCUCGUCUCUGGAAAGAAGCCGCUGAAACAAUCAAACGAACAGAUGCUCCUCUGGGGUUCUGUUGAUCCCGCUCGACUAAUUCUAGCCCUAGAAGAGAGAGGGAUAGUUGGUUCUAUCUGUGACGACGAUAAAGCCGCGGAUGGUUAUUGGUUCAUUCAGGUCUCUAAGCCAGAAGAGGGGCUAAUUAAGAGCAGUGCGAGUGAGACCGUAAUCUCUUGCGACGACGAAAGGACGUCUGCCCUAAUAUUUGAAGCUCUUUGUAGUGUUUGUGAUGGAAUUUAAUAUUGUAUGAUUUUUAUAAUAUAUUGUAUAAACGAAUAACAUAGUAUAUUAUGGACAAAUAGUAUAAUAUAUUACAAUAUAUUACAAAGAUUAUGCAGUAUGUGUAUAAACAAUGCAUAUAUUAUACUAUUUGUACAAAUAUUGUACUAUUUGGAAGAGAAUGUUAUAUUAUUUAAGAAGUAUUAUA